CCAUUUUCUUUUUUAUUUGUUAAGAAAUCAAGAAUCAUUCACCGUCUUAUUGAGAUCAUCAUAGGAAAAAAGAAAAUGGAGGAAGCAGGCUUUCACAAAAAUUUCAGGAUUCUAGAUCUCUUCUUAAGGAUUGCAGUACUUCCUUUCACUGCUGCCUCAAUUUGGGUCAUGGUCAUAAACAAUCAGGCUACUGAAUCUUAUGGGGAAGUGGAGUUCAGCAACUUAACUGGGUUUAAGUAUUUGGUUUGGAUUAAUGCAAUCUCUGCUGGGUAUGCUCUGGUUUCUGUCCUCGUUUCAUGCUUCAGAUGGCUCUACUGUGACUGGGUUCUCUUUAUCAUGGAUCAGGUUACAGCUUAUUUAGUAGUGACAUCAGGAUCAGCAGUGGUAGAAAUACUGUAUCUGGCACGUGAGGGUGAUAGGGAGGUCUCAUGGAGUGAAGUUUGCAGUUAUUUUAACAAAUUCUGCAGCAAAACGAAGGUCUCUUUGGUGUUUCAUCUCUUUGUGUUUGUGUGUUUCCUUGCGUUGUCUUUGAUCUCUGGAUUCAGGCUCUUCAGCAAGUUUGAGGCUCCUUCUCUCUCAUCAUCAAGCAAUGAAGUGGGAAAUGAAGUUGGGAGGCAAGAGGGAUAGAUUAGAUUGUAUAGAGUAAAGAAAGAGGUUAAUCAGUCCGUGUCUUUGUUCUUCUGUUGUGAGUUUUUUGUUAACUAGGUUGUAUAAAACUGCCUGAGGUUGAGCGUUCUUAAUUGUGUUGCUGUUAGAAUUUUGCAUUGAAUGGUCAUAAUGUUUGACAAUCGUCUUUGAUUGGGA